AACACAUCACCAUUAUGGGAGGAUUUUGUUGCCAAGGCCAGUAAAUUACACGCUUGUUUAAAAGCGGCCAUCCAAGCAAUCGCAUCGUAUUUGGAUGCCUUCCAAAAAAUUGCAGACGCAGCAACAAAUUCAAGAGGAGCUUCAAAAGAAAUCGGCACCGCUCUGACCCGAGUAUGCCUACGACAUAAGGCGGUUGAGACACGCCUGAAAACAUUUACAGCCGCAAUUAUGGACUGUCUGGUACAACCAUUACAAGAAAAACUAGAAGACUGGAAACGUUCUGUUGCUAUGAUCGAUAAAGAACAUGCCAAAGAAUAUAAACGCUGUCGCACCGAACUCAAAAAACGUUCUACAGAUACUCUGCGUCUACAAAAGAAAGCCCGUAAAGGUCAAUCGGAUAAUUUACAAUCGUUGAUGGAUUCGCAUAUGCAAGAUGUCACUCUGCGACGUGCCGAAUUGGAAGAGGUUGAAAAGAAAUCUUUACGAUCGGCAAUGAUUGAGGAGCGUAUGCGCUAUUGUAAUUUUGUACAUUUGCUACAACCGGUCGUAAAGGAGGAGUGUGAAGUGAUGUCGGAAUUGGGUCAUUUGCAGGAAGCUAUGCAAUCAAUUGCUUUGGUUACCAAAGAACCACACGUUUUACCACCUGCCAGUGAGGAAUUAAUACACGAUGCCAAGGCAUCGAUAACACUAUAUCCCGAAUCGCCAAGUACCAGUGGUGGUGGUGGCGGUUCACUGUCACAGGGAGGUUGUUCCAAUUCAUUGGGGUCACGUAAGUCAUCGGUGUGUUCCAUAAGUUCCAUGAAUAGUAGUGGUUCCAGUAAUUCACCCGGCCAUCCACACUAUCAGAGGUCAUUGUCGCAGUAUAUUUCACCAUCAAUGCGCUUAAAACCUGGUGAAUCCAGUGAUAGUGGCUUUUGUUCAUCGCCAGCCUUGACAACACAGGCCUCCUCUAUUGCCAAUCCUUCACACGCUGUCACUACAUGGCCCACACAUUCACAGGAUGCUGUUGACUUAGCACCCAAUGCCACAGAUCGUCCACACACAAUUUCAUCAGCCUAUGAAAAGGGCCAUCAACGGCCUCCCUUAACUGUCUACACCUUUCAAAAUCCUGAAACUAUACACGAGGGUGGUAAUGCAAAUGGUAAUGGUAGUGCUGCCGGUAGCAAUUCCGGUCAAAAUACACCAUCGACACAGAAGUCACCAGGUGGUGCAUUAAAUCGUCCUCCACUGCCAGUG